AUGGCAGUAUGUCAGCAAAAUCUAACUCCAGGUGAUAUUCAAGACGAAGAAUAUAUUGUGGAUAGAAAAGAUAAAAUUAUUGAAGAAUGUGAAGAAUUAUGGACGGAAAAAUAUCAGCAGGAGAUAGCACUUGCUGGAGGUGAAAGACUUAACCGUUCUGAUGGUGAGCUAACAUUAUUAACAAUGCGAUUAAAGAGUCUAUCAGCAGAAUGCAAUCAAUGGCUGGAAAGAACUCCCUACAUAAUCCCACUGAAUCCAGAAAAUCUGGUAGUACUAGGGAAAGAGGAGUUGCAAAAAUUAGACCAUGAUCUUGGAACAUUGCUGUCCAUGGUUCAGGCAAAGAAUGAGCAACUACAGGGAGACUUGAGAAGAGAACAAGGAUGGUUGGAUGAGCAAGAACAGUUAGUAGCAGCUCUCAGUGAAAGAUGUAAGAAACUAAAAAAUCAAGCGAUACCAGUUUCUGAGAAAAGAAUUUUUCUUGAACUGAAAAUGAGAAGGACUAAAAGAAGAAGACAUAGAGAGAAACUCUUGAUCUCUGUGGGCGAGUUUCUAGAUAAGCAUUUUCCUGAAGAAAAUGAAAAUAAGAAGAGAAAAAGAGAAUGUCAGCCAAAUGCACGGCUAAUGACAAUGCAUGAAAUUCUAGAGCUUCUUAUAAAUAGCCUACUUCAUUCGCCACAUGAUCCAUAUGUAAAAAUUAAUGACUCCUUUUGGUCACCUUAUAUUGAACUGCUGCUGCGUAGUGGAAUUGCAUUUAGACAUCAAGAUGAUCCAAGCCGAAUACGGUUAGAAGCAUUUCAUCAGUAA